GUUUUCUAGAGGUUCCGAUAAUUUAGACACUAAAGGCCCCCCCAGAACCCGGUUCCGUUCUUCUUCUCCCCCCCUGUUUUUUCCUCCCUUCUCCUCUUUUAUGCAUCAUCCCAUCGAACAUUUCAAACAAAACAUCACCAUUCGUUAUUCUUUCUCAUUUUUUUUUCUGUCAUUCGCUACGAUACGAGCUGGGAACUGUUAAUGUUUUGUCUCUUGAAGUAAUUAUCUAUCCCGGCUUUUGAAUGAUUGAUCAAUCAGCAAUUGUUUUGCAUAAUUAGCCUGGUUGGGGUGGCUUUUCAGCUGAAAACCAGGUUCCCGUCUGCCUCAAGGCCAACCAACAACACGCAUCCAGUCCCAUUGUCAUCGAACAUGGCGUCGCAUUGGUUCACACUCCUCCUCCUCCUAACGCCUUCAUUGGCUCUCGACAACAAUUUCGACUUCUACCCCAAGGGCGCGCAGCAAUGUCUCUCCCAAGCCGCCGACGACGCCUCGUGCACUGGCGCUGACAGCAAGGAGCUGAACUACUGCCUCUGCGGUCUUGGCAACUACAACAAUGACUUCAUCCUUGGGUCCGCUGCGUGCAUCGGCAAGCAGUCGCCCGGCGAUGUGGACGAGACGUACGAUACCAUGAACACCGCGUGCUCCAAUUCGCAGACGCCAAUGAAGGUCACCAAGAAGGAGUUUGAGGAGGCGGCGGAGAAGGGUGCAAGUGCAAGUACAAGUACAAGUGCGAGUGUGAGUGCGAGUGCGAGUACGGCUACUGAUGCGGCUACCUUUUCGACUGCUUCUGCAACGGCGACCGAUUCGGCGAGUACCACGAAAGACACAGCUGCUGCUGCUACCACGACGAGCGCUAAGAACAACGAUGAGGAUACGGGGUUGUCAACGGGCGCCACAGCGGGAGUAGCCGUUGGCGCAGCAGUUGGUGGUGCAGCGGUAGUAGGCCUACUCGUGUGGUUCUGGAUGGCGCGCCGCAGGAAGAACGCCGAAGAAUCGCACCCCAUGCUGCCCAACUACGAGAACCGCGAUGGUUCGCCGUACCAGCCUACCGAGACGAAACCAGCGUGGUCAGCAGCGGGUUCGCCGCCACAAGCAAUGGGGACACCCGAUCCAAAUGCUGGAUUCUAUAAGCCUCCUGAGCCGGUGGAGCUGCCGCCUGAGCCAGCGCCUGUUUAUGAGAUGGACGGUACAGGUACAGCGGUUGAGAUGGAUUCUACACCUGUUGAUCCGCGGGCAAAUAAUAGAUCGCGUUUGAGUUCUUCGCACUCGUCAAUAUCAUCGGGAUGGAGGGAUUAAUGGUUUUAUAAAAGAAUGAAGGAAUAAUGGUUCUGGAUGGGUAUGGAUGAGGUUAUAGCCUCGUGGAGUUUGGAUGGUACAGGAUGUAUCAUAUUGGUUGCUAUUUAGCGUAAAUAUUUGACGGUUUCAUCAUAUUUUGUUCUCUGU